GUAACUUCUUGACGGUGAAAGUCCGACGAAACAGACUAGCAAACUCAUCGUUUAAUGAUGGUUAUGCAUAGCGAACAUCGCAACAGAGAGAGAGAGAGAGAGAGAGAGAGAGAGAGAGAUGCAUAAGUUAAAGUUCUUCUCGAAGAGGAGGACAGGAGUAUUACGAGGAGGAGAGGUGGAGAGGAAGACGACGAGCAGCAGCAGGAGGGAGAAGACUCAGAAGUUAGAAGUGAGAAGAGUAAGGGAAAAAGAAGGCGCGUCCGAGAUGGCCACGACAGCUGCGAGUGGCGGAUUCUCUCUGCCGGUGACGCGUUCUGUGGCGCCUCCAUUUUCAAUUGCCGAGUUCGAUCUGUUCUUGAUGGGUUUGGACGGUGUACUUAUCAACACCGAUGAAUUGACGUACAAAGCGUGGGGGAGGGCUUUCCAGGAGCGAGGAAUUCCAUUCAAUUUUACUUUCGAUGAUUACGUGGUUCUGAAGGAUGACCGUUCUUGGGCUCAGAUUGUCAUUGAUCUCUUGGCCUCUCAUAAUGUCGAUGUGACAUUUGCCGAACUGAGAGAGCGCAGGCGAGCGUACUUUUGGUCAAUGCUUGACUCAGCCAAACUCCAUUUCAAGAAAGGAGCCGAGGAAUUGAUAAAAGCGCUAGUCAGCAGGCGGUUUGCAAUCGUCACCAGGUCGAGCAUGCUGGAAUACCGGCGCGGUGAUCGUGUGAUUGCAAUUGAGAGCAAUGCGCGGGGCAUCGCCGCAAUCAUCCUCAACAAAACUGUGCCUGCUGACGACAAGAUGGCGGUAGUCGUGACACCUGUCCUAUCGGAGACUGCGAACCGCCUGCGGGCGACACAUCCCAAUGCAUUUUGGGUGAAAGAUUUGUCACAGCUAUUUUUCUUACCAGGUCCCCUAUCCGGUCCAUCUGUGGGACCAGACACAGUAAGUUCAGUAACUGUUUCAACUCCAGCGGGUCAGAAAAGUUCUGUGGUGGGACCACAAACAGUCCGGGACCCAUUUGUGGGACCAGAAACGGUUCCAUCUGUGGGACCAGAGACAGACGCAGGUGCAUUCAUGACGCUCGGUAGAGAGAGAGUGGUUCCGUCUGGGUGUCCCGCAGAAUCUGUCUUGGAAAGGGCAAGAGCAGGACCUGGCGAGGCUGGCGUAGACGAGAAGGCUGCAAUGGGAGCCAUGGUUCAAGAUAGCGGAGUGGCAACUGUGGGACUGGGACCAGGAGGAACAGGCCACAUAAUUACCACAAUGGGAGGGGCAUUUAUGGUACCCCCAGACAUAAGGCCCAGUGCUCUCAACGCCCCCUCGGGUCUGGAAGGGGGGUUCAGAACAGCCCACGCGAAAAGCGCGGACGGCCAUGACGAAGCCGUUGAUGAAAUGGAGGAGCACAGAGCAGUGGAGAAGGGUACUAUGGGGUUUAGAACAACCCACAUGAAACAUGUGGACAACCAGGACACGGAAGUUGUCGAUGAAAUGAUCGAGGGUCGAGCUUUAGAGAGGGGUGAUCGAGCCUAGUAGAGGGGUUCGGAACAGGCCACAUAUUAGUAGACACGUUAUGGC